AUGGAGAUAUCUGCAUAUAUUUUUUGGAAUCUAUGGAAGGCAAGAAAUGCAUGGUGUUUCAAUAAGGAGAGAUGGUUAGCACACGAGAUUAUUCAGAAAUCUCUGGAUGAAUGGACAGAGUUUAAACUGGAGAAUAUAACUCAAACAAGUGAGCCUCAGCUGGACAAAAUCCCAAGAAGAAACGUUGGAAGCAGACAGACAAAUUGGCAGGAACCAGUAGAGGGGACAAUCAAAUUAAAUGUAUGUUCAUCAAAGCUGUUGCCGAAUGGAAGGGUUGGACUUGGAAUUAUUGCGAGGGAUGAAAAGGGAGCAAUGGUGCAAGCAUGGAGUAUUGCCAAAUCUGGAUGUUUCAACCCAGUGGUGGCAGAAGUGGAAGCAGUCAGAAUAGCACAAAUUGUGGCACAACAAAACGAGUGGAGAUCAAUAGAGGUACAAGUAGAUAUCAAGGCAAUUUAUGAUUGUUUGCAAGCAAAAUGUAGUCCGGUUUAUGAUGCUUGGAUUAUUGCCGAAGAUAUCUUUUUGUUAUCUCUUAUGUUUGAAAAUUGUAAUUUUUCAUAUUGCCACAAAAGAGUAAAUAGAGCUGUAUCUAGUUUGGCUAGAUUAGCGGUUAAUAGCAACUCUAGUUGCAGUUGGAAAGGUCAAUUUCCUCAAUGGUUGAUGGAGGAAGCUGCUUGUGAUAUUGAGUCAGUUUGA